AGUGAGAGCAGUCACUGCCGCUCGCUUCCGGGUUUGACCAAAAUCCCGCAUGUGGCAAUAUCGCACAGUUCGCUUUUUCAGCCAUUCUAAUUAAUUUAUUUGUUUUGCGCCAGACUUUUUGGACUGUGUCACCUUCGCGUAUUAUUCGCUUGGGCACAAACACGGCUGCUUUUGCUUAAAAACAACUUUAUCCGCGGUUAUUUCAGUUAGUCUCGACUGCGCAUGCUCACUCCCAGUCUGUCUUCUCGUCCGCCGGCUAACUGAAACUACAAAUGUUUUAACGCUGUGACGGAAGUGAGGAAGUCGUAAUGGAAACUGAGGCGAAGGCAAAAGAAGCUGAACCACUAGGUGAGGAUGCUGAAAAAGUUGACACAGAAAGUACGUCUCACACAGAUGCAGGAAACUCCACAACUCAGGACUCUAGUAUUAGCAAUGGGGACGACGCGGACGACAAGCAGGAGAUGGUGGACUUGAAGAUUAUCUGGAACAAGAAUAAAUAUGAUCUGAAAAUUCCUGUUGAUGACACCGGAGCCAAACUAAAAGAGAGCAUCCAUUCUCUCACUGGUCUUCCACCGGCAAUGCAGAAAGUGAUGUACAAGGGACUGCUUCCAGAGGACAAGACGCUACGUGAAAUUAAGAUCACAAAUGGUGCAAAAAUAAUGGUGGUAGGAUCUACAAUAAAUGAUGUAUUAGCUGUGAAUACACCAAAAGAGGUCAUCCAGCAGGAAGUUAAAGCUGAAGAAAACAAGAAGGAGCCUUUAUGCAGGCAAAAGCAACACAGGAAGGUUUUGGACAAAGGUAAACCAGAUGACAUAAUGCCAGCUAUUAAAGGAACAAAGGAACGAUUACCAACAGUGCCUUUAUCCGGUAUGUUUAACAAGUCCGGAGGAAAAGUUAGACUCACAUUCAAACUGGAGCAGGAUCAGUUGUGGAUUGGGACAAAGGAGAGGACGGAGAAAGUCCCCAUGGGCUCCAUUAAAAACGUAGUGUCUGAACCCAUUGAAGACCACGAGGACUAUCACAUGAUGGCUUUUCAGUUGGGUCCAACAGAAGCUUCUCAGUAUUGGGUCUACUGGGUGCCUGCACAGUUUGUCGAUGCAAUCAAAGACACAGUUCUUGGAAAAUGGCAGUAUUUCUAAUGUGCCUCUUUUUUUCGAUGAUGAACUGGGAUUGAGAGGAGGAGCCAAUGAAAAAUGAAACUGGAGUCGACAGUGAGGCUUAUAGAACUUCUUGGAAUAUAUUGGAAGGAAACGGACAGAUGCCUGUGGACUAAUCAUAUUGUUUUUAGGUUAAAAGUGCACUAUGUGGCAGCAUAACAUUUCUCAGCCCUGUUGAUCAUUCAAGGUUUUCAGCAAAUCCAAGGGAAAAUGAUGAAACAAUUGUACAGAAAUUGCUAACACUUUUCUUCAGUUAUUCUUAAAGAAAUAAAACUUAUUUAAUGAAAUGAAUACACUAGAGCAUUGUUGUUUAUAUUACAAACUUUACUACUACUACAUUUAUUUUCAAGUCACCAAAGGUUUGCACAUUUUGGCAAUGCAGGUCUUCCCAGUUUCUCUUUGCAAAACAACCACCCAAACUCUGUCCAAGUGUAUAAUUUCAUGUCUUGUCACAAAUUGUUGAUUACAUUGACACUUGGCCACUCCAGGACCUUGAACAUCUGUCUUUUUAAGGAUUGUUGUCUUGCUGUAAAAUAAAUGUCCCAAGUAGAAGU